AUGCGUCUUUUGCCAACGCUCACCACCGCGCUUCUGUUCGCAGCCAAUGUGACAGGAAGUCCGGCCGCCGCUUCAGCCCCGGCGGAAUCCGCCACACCUGUCGCGAAUGUUGCAGGGGAGGCCGCUCCGACAACCUCAGCCGCCCAAGCAAACAAUGUUAACCAGGCCAAUGCGGCUGAGACUACCCCUGCCGCCAACACAGUCAAAGCCGCCAACACGGCUACUACUGCGGCUGCUGCGGCUGCGAAGGAAGAAGACACUACCGCUGCUGCAGAGACCGCUGCCCCGACCAAGGGCAACCCCGUGGAAUCCGUGGCCGGUGGCAUAAAGACUGCUCUUGGUGGCAGUGCGGCAGAAUCAGACAAUGCAACCGGCGCCCCUAAAACUGCUGAGACUAGUCCCUCCGCUGCAGAGACUACCUCAUCGGCUCCCAAGGCUACCUCCUCUGCCUCUGAUUCAGGCAGCUCAAGCACCAAGUCUACCAGCUCUGAUAGUUCUAAUAUCGGGGCAGAUAUAAAAGAUGCCUUCUCAAAUUUGCUCGGCGGUGGUAGUGGUGGCAUUGGGGACCUUCUGCAUGGUCUUGAAAGUCUGCUCAACCCCAGCUUCUUGGGUAACUUCGCCGACACCUUCGAAUAUCUCUCUACCGGUCUAGCACCCCCUGUCGACAACCAGAUCCGAAGCUUGGUAGGCAAUGCCAACGACCUCCUGACUGCAAGCUUCAUCAAGAAGACCGGCAGUCUCAUUGACAAUGCCAACACCCUCUUGACUGAGGAGAACACCAAGGAGAUUGGAACUCUCCUCAAGGUGGCCAAUAAAUUGUUGUCCAGUCAGUUUAUCGACAAGGUGGAUAACCUCAUCGACAACGCCAACAACCUCCUCACCUCCGAUUUCGUUAAGAAGACCGGCAACCUCAUUGAUAAGGCCAGCCCUCUUAUUGACAAGGCCGGCCCUCUUAUCGACGACGCCAGUGGCCUACUUACCGAUAAGAAUGUUCACGCGAUUGAGUCACUCUUGACAAACGCCAACACCCUGCUCACUCCAACAUUCGUUAAGGAGACCAACAACCUGAUCGGCAAGGCCAGCCCUCUUAUCGAUGAGGCUAGUGGUCUCCUCACUGAGGGCAAUGUUAAGGCGAUCGAGUCACUUUUGGGCAAUGCCAACAAGCUGCUCACGCCCGGCUUUAUCGCGACUACUGGCAAGCUUAUCCAGCAGGCCGGUCCCCUUAUCAACCAGGCCAGUGGUCUCCUCACUGAGGGCAAUGUUAAGGAGAUCGAGUCGCUCUUGAACAAUGCCAACACGCUGCUCACGCCUGCCUUCAUCUCGACUACCGGCAAUCUGAUCAAACAGGCCGGGCCUCUUAUCAGCCAGGCUAGCGGUCUUCUUACCGAGGGCAAUGUCAAGGAGAUUGAGUCGCUCUUGGGCAAUGCCAACAAGCUGCUCACGCCUGGCUUUAUCUCGACUACUGGCAAGCUUAUCCAGCAGGCCGGUCCCCUUAUCAACCAGGCUAGCGGUCUUCUCUCCGCGGGCAAUGUCAAGGAGAUCGAGACUCUGAUCGGCAAUGCCAAUAGCCUGCUGACUACCAGCUUCGUGAACCAGACCACUAGCUUGAUCGAUGAAGCUAGUGAGCUCCUGUCUUCGGAUACGGUUGACAGCCUGAAGUCUCUUCUCGUUCAGCUCGCUCCUAUAAUUCCCGAGCUGAAGGGCCUGCUCAAGCCAGACACUAUCAAGGCAAUCGAGAACGUGCUAAGCAACGCGAACAAGCUGCUCACGGACGCCUUCGUCAAGGACACCAAUACCCUGGUCACCGAGGCUGUCGGCCUUCUCACUCCCGACCUGGUCAAGGCUCUUAAGUCGCUCCUCAGCGAUCUUACCCCACUGAUCCCCGAGUUGAAGUCGUUAUUGACCAAGGAGAUGAUCAAUUCCAUCGAGACCCUUCUACACAACGCCGGAGACCUGCUCACGUCAGACUUCGUCAAGGAGACCAAGGGCCUGGUCGGCGAGGCCGGCGCCCUCCUCACUCCAGAGGUGGCCAAUGGACUGAAGUCCCUCUUAAUGGACGUCAUUCCUCUGCUGCCGGAGCUGAAGUCGCUUCUGAACAAGAACACCAUCUCUGCCAUUGGUUCUCUCUUGUCCAACGCCAACACCCUGUUGACCCCCAAGUUCGUCAACGAGACCAUUGGUCUGGUAGACAGCGCAGACGACCUCCUGACCCCAACCAUCGUCACUGGACUGAAGGAUCUCCUCGGCGACGUCAUUCCCCUGAUCCCCGAUCUCAGAAAGUCUCUGCUGAACACAACCAUCAUCACCGACCUGGGAUACAUCGUGACCAACGCUACCACUCUGCUCACGCCCGCCUUCGUCGGCGAUACUACAGACCUCGUCGAGAACGCCGAUGGUCUCCUCACCCCCAAGGUGGUCUCCACACUCAAGGAGAUUCUUGGAUUCGUGCCCGACUUGUUGCCCGAGGUGACGAAGUUGCUCAAGCCUUCUGUUAUUUCGGAUGUUGGAGCGCUCUUGGAGAACGCUCAUGAUCUCCUCACUCCUAAGUUCGUCAAUGAGACAACUCUCCUGAUCGAUGAUGUUACAAGCUUCUUGCCUUUGAUCCAGGAAUUGCUCAAGGCGCUGUGA